AGGUGUUGUCCCUGUUCUAUCUUGUCCACAGAAACACACUUCAUCACGUCUCUCUCUGGUUAUUGAAACGAUGAGUCUUGUCUAUAUUCCCGGCAGAACAAAGUGCAAGGCAGAUGGAUGCCUCGGCUUUACGCCUAACAACUUCUGUACAAAGCAUCGUUGCACGGAAAAUAAUUGUCGAGAUGGGAGAUGGAGCGACAGUGACUACUGCGCCAGUCAUGUGUGCAUGGCGACUAGUUGUCGCAACCAAAGGUCCUGGGGGGAUUACUGCAGUUUCCAUGUUUGCAAAACAUCCCCCGACAUCAAUUCUUCACCUGCCUGCCCCCUGGAGCGCCGAAUGCCUUCAGAAGGUGACUUGGAGCAUGAAGAACGACGGGUUCCGGGACAUUAAGGUAUACAACCUCCCGCUAGUGAAAAGGUAUUUAUCUCGAGCGAGUAGAUCGGAAAGGCAUUUAUAGAUUUCCCUGCCAGGAUGUUAUAAAGGCAGAGAAGGCCACCUUGUAUAACUUUUCGCAGGCUGGUAUGGCCACGACCUCGGGUGCCACCGCGACGCGCGGUGG